AUUCCCUCACUCUCCAAGCAUGCCGCAGGUCCUGCCGGACUUCUCCGCCUCCGUGCGGCUCAAGUACGUGAAGCUUGGUUAUCAAUACCUGGUCAACCACAUCCUCGCGUUCCUGCUAGUCCCUGUCAUGCUGGCUGUAGCGGUCGAACUCCUCCGCGCGGGCCCCGAGGACCUCCUCGCAGUCUGGCUCUCGCUCCGGCAGCUCGACCUCGUCCACGUGCUCUGCUCUGCGUUUCUCGCUGUGUUCGUCACGACCAUCUACUUCAUGUCGAAGCCUCGCUCCGUCUACCUCGUGGACUACUCAUGCUACAAGCCGCCGGUCACGUGUCGGGUGCCGUUCGCCACUUUCAUGGAACACUCGAAGCUGAUCCUUAAGGACUGCCCUAAGAGCGUGGACUUUCAGAUGCGGAUACUGGAGAGGUCCGGGCUGGGAAGAGACGUGCUUGCCCCCGCUAUACAUUAUAUUCCUCCGAAUCCAACCAUGGAAGCGGCGCGUGGCGAGGCUGAGAUCGUAAUUUUCUCGGCGAUUGAUGCAAGACGGAUCAAGCCGAAGGACAUUGAUAUUCUUAUUGUGAACUGCAGCCUUUUUUCGCCUACUCCAUCGCUCUCCGCCAUGGUCGUCAACAAGUACAAACUCCGUAGCAACGUUAAGAGUUUCAACUUGUCCGGCAUGGGUUGCAGUGCGGGGCUCAUAUCGAUCGAUUUAGCAAGAGACUUGCUCCAAGCCUACCCCAACUCCUAUGCUCUCGUCGUAAGCACGGAAAUCAUCACGCCGAAUUACUACAAGGGCCAAGAACGAGCCAUGCUCCUCCCCAACUGCCUCUUCAGGAUGGGCGCAGCUGCCAUCCUUCUCUCCAACAAGCGCCGGGAGCGCCGGCGCGCCAAGUACCGUUGGUCCAUGUGGUGCGCACCCACAAGGGGGCCGACGACAAGGCCUACAAGUGCGUGUUCGAGAAAGGAUGACCAGGGCAAGACUCUCCAAGGACCUCAUGUCCAACAUCACCACUAUAGGACCACUGGUACUGCCCGCGUCCGAGCAGCUCCUCUUCCUCUUCACCCUAAUCGGCCGGAAUCUUCAACCCAAAAUGGAAGCCCUACAUUCCAGACUUUAAACAGGCUUUCGAUCAUUUUUGCAUUCACGCCGGUGGGAGGGCGAAGAACCUCCAACUCUCGGCCGAACACGUGGAGGCUUCCGGAUGACCCUGCACCGUUUUGGCAACACUUCAUCGUCUUCCUUCUAAGGGAGGAUGAAGAAGGGGAUAGGAUCUGGCAAAUUGCUUUUGGCAGCGGAUUUAAGUGCAACAGCGCGGUUUGGAAGUGUAACCGAGUAUCAGUGCACCAACAGACAGUCCGUGGCAAGAUUGCAUUGAUAGGUACCCGUUUUCAUUCCGGAAAUCGUGAAGCUCUAAAUCUA